AUGGCCUCCAUGGCUACGGCUGUCUAUGCCCAGCAACAGGCUGCUUCGGGAGGUGGCGGUACAGUUGGAGCUGGAGGUGGUGGAACAACUACUCAAGCGACAGAUUUUGAAUACCUGGAUAACCUGCAAGAUGAUUAUACUCAUUUCAUGUUGGUUGCAAUGGCUGCAACUGUUGCUCUCUACUUUGUUUGGAAAUCGAGCCUCAGACUGACUUCACAUAUACGACGCUUACAUGGACUGGGAAACGACAGUCAACGCUAUUUUACUCGUGAUGACUUCCGAAUGGCUUGGUUCAAGAGGAACAUUAUAGAUGCUCCAUUGUUCCGUGUUCGCCACAAUCGCGAGUUCCAGUUAUCUCGAGCAGUGAAUAUGGGUACCCUUCCCAGUCGAUUUCAAGCUAUAUGUCUAGCAGGACUCAUUGCUAUGAAUGUCGUUCUUUGUGUACUGCACAUCCCCUUUAGUGAGGGAAUUGUAUCCUACGGCACAUUUUUGAGGAACCGCACAGGGACUCUCGCCACUGCAAAUUUGAUUCCUCUGGUCAUCUUGGCUGGACGCAACAACCCACUUAUCCCUCUACUUGGUCUAUCCUUCGAUUCUUGGAAUAUUUUUCAUCGGUGGCUUGCCCGCAUUGUGGCCGCCGAAAGUCUUGCUCAUUUCUUGAGCUGGAUGUUCUGCACUGCUGACAAAUCUGGAUGGGCCACAAUAAUCAAAGCAUUUCAUAAUUCUCAGUUAAUUAUAACCGGCUUGGUGGCUGUUGUUGGCUUUGUCGCACUUGUGCUCUUCGCUUCUUCCGCUCUACGACAUGCUUUCUAUGAAACGUUCCUUCACCUACACAUCUUAUUGGUCUUGAUGUCAUUCAUCGGUCUUUGGUGCCAUUUAGACGGUCUGCCACAGCGAGUCUAUCUUCUAGGCGCCUUGAUCAUGUGGGGUCUUGAGCGAUUUACUCGCUUGGCCAUCAAUGUUUACCGUAACCUUGUUGGCGGCAGAACUACGGCCAAGGCCGAAGCUCUUCCGGGCGAUGUUACGAGGAUCACGUUGAAAAUAGCUCGUCCGUGGACGUUCCGCCCAGGCCAACACGUGUACAUAUGCAUUCCUUCUGUCGGACUUUGGAUGUACCACCCAUUCAGCGUUGCAUGGAGUGAGAAGGAGCACCUUCCAACAAACGAAAAAGGCUUGGUCAUGACACGGCAAGAUGUCAUGACGGUGCAAAAAGAGACUAUUUCACUUCUUGUUCGUCGUCGAACUGGGUUCACAGAGACUCUAUACAAGCGUGCUGCAAAGGGAGUGGAUGGCCACGUAUAUCUAUCUGCGUUCGUCGAGGGACCAUACGGAGCUAUUCAUGAUCUAGACUCCUACGGUACAGUGCUAUUGUUUGCUGGAGGGAUUGGUAUUACUCAUCAUGUUCCAUUUGUCCGUCAUUUGGUUCAAGGAUACGCAGAUGGUGUCGUUGCCGCCCGUCGGGUUACUCUGGUCUGGACCAUCCAAUCGCCCGAACACCUCGAAUGGGUGCGUCCUUGGAUGACUAGCAUUCUACAGAUGGAUCGUCGCCGCGAUGUUCUGCGUAUCAUGCUCUUCAUCACUCGGCCUCGCAGUACCAAGGAGAUUCACAGCCCGAGUGCAACGGUGGAAAUGUUCCCUGGUCGACCCAACAUCCAAACUGUUUUGGACAAGGAAAUAGAGCAGCAAAUUGGGGCUAUGGGUGUUAUGGUGUGUGGUGGCGGUGCCAUGAGCGACGACGUUCGACGAGCUUGUCGUGACAGACAAGCGAUCAGCAACAUCAACUUUAUUGAAGAAAGCUUUACUUGGUAA